ACCGUUCAGGUAGAAACGUUCAUUUUGUGAGUUGCUCCUUGGUAGUAAUUGCCAUUUUGUUCAUUCCAGCAUUGGCUUCGUUGUUGGCUUUUAUUUUUUUUAGUUUGAAAAUGGUGAAAGAACAUACACAAAUUGUGCACGAAUCAAGUGCAAAAAAUCAAUAUUUUGCUGCAUUUGUUGUGAAUUUGCUGAUUAUCGGAUUCGGAGUCACAUUGGGUUGGUCGGGUCCGAACCUUGUUGUUUUAAAAUCAAAUAAAUCACCAUUACUAACUGGGAAAGUAACAGAAGACGAAGGAUCGUGGAUUGCUUCUCUACUUUGUUUCGGUUGUUUGAUUGGUAACGUCUUUUUCGGCUAUGUUACAAGCAAAUUUGGACGCAAAACUCCAUUGACAAUGAUGACGGUUCCAAUUAUUAUAAGUUGGUUACUCAUUUUAUUUGCUCAAAACGUAAUUUAUCUAUACGUAUCGCGGAUAUUGAAUGGUUUUGUAGGUGGAGGUCUUUUCGUCAUUGUGCCAGCUUUUUUAUCCGAAAUCGCAAUUGAUCGCAUUAGAGGACUUUUAGGUGCCACACUGGCCGUAAGCUGUAACGUAGGCAUUUUACUCGAAUUUAUCUUUGGAUAUUAUUUCAAUUUCUAUGCGCCACCAAAAUUUGUAAUCGCAUUAACCACCGUGUGUGGCGUUCUACUUUACUUUCUUCCUGAGUCACCAUCCUUCCUCAUUGAGCAGAACAAAUCUUCUGAGGCCGAAGAAUCAAUUCGGUUUUAUCAAAAUUUAAAAGGAAAAGACAACAACUAUGAACUGCUACAAACUGAAAUGAAUCGUUUGAAAAAUACGGUCGGUGUUGAUGACAUGAAAAAGAGCAACGAACAUUUAAUGAAAUGGUCGGAUUUAUGGUCGGGACCAGGCAAAAAAGCAAUGAUGAUUGGAAUAUUUUUCGUGCUAUUAAAUCAAUGCUGUGGCUGCGUUGCGAUGACUUAUUAUACAACUGAUAUUUUCAGGGAAUCUGGAUCGUCUUUGGAUGAAAAUAUCUGUACAAUUAUUGUUGGUGUGAUACAGCUCAUUGGAGCAUAUAUAGCAACAUUUUUAGUUGAUCGAGCUGGACGGAAGUUUUUGUACGUUGUCUCAACUGUUGGCAUCACUUUGGGUUUGACCACUUUUGGUAUAUUCAUGAUGUUAAAAACAAAUGGCUACGAUGUUGAAAUCUUCAACUGGAUUCCAAUUGCCAGCUUCUCAUUCGUAAUUUUCAUCGCUUCGUGGGCCGUUCUUAGCUUGCCGUUCUUGGUCAUCGCUGAAAUCAUGCCGGAAAAAUUAAAGAACUUUGGCCCAUCAUUUUGCAUGAUCAUUUUGUGGUCGUUGAAUUUUGUUAUUGUAAAAUACAUGCCACUUCUAAAGGCAACACUUGGAAUGCACGGAAUGAUGUUCUUAUUUGCUGGAUAUUCUAUAGUUAGCGCCGUUUUGAUCGUUUUAUUCAUGCCCGAGACAAAGGGAAGGAGCUAUGAUGAGAUCAUGAAAUUACUGGAAUAAGACUUAAAUAACUAAUUCAUAUAUAUUAAGAUAAAGUAAGAUUAGUUUUUUUUUACGAAUCUUGAGUAAAUGUGAUUGUAUUAAAAAUAUGUAUACAAGAUAAUCUUUAAAAGAACAAAAUGUCUGAAAUCAAUUAGAAAAUCUUAUCUAGUAAUAUAAUCGUAUUUAGUAUUAUGAUGA